GGGCCUGCAGGUUGACCUCCCCAUCCCCAAGGCUCUUUGACCACCCUUAGCCCAUGGGUGCCCCCCCGCCCUCCUCCCUCCCCUCCUCCCGCAACUCCAGCGCCGAGGAAGCCGAGCCGGAGGCAGUGCUGAGCCGGAUAUGCAGCGACUCCCCGCAUCCCUCCUUGGCAGAGCGCGGUGACACCGCGGCAGCCACCACGGAGAGGACACAGGAUCCCCCGCUGGGCCCGCCCUGCCCCUUCGAGGGGGUGGCCUGGACGCCGAGACCCCCCCAGGGCCCCCCGCAAGGCUGCUUCGCCUGCAUCGCCAAGCCCCCAGCUCUCCGGCAGGCUUCGCCCGUCCUGUCUCCUUCCUCCGCCGUUUAUCUCAUGGAGAGCAAGAGCUGCAAAGGGGACAGCCUGCGGCCGGCGGUCCCGUGCAAGCACUCGGUGGAGAAGAAGACCAUGACCAACCCCACCACCGUCAUCGAGAUCUACCCUGACACCACCGAGGUGAACGACUACUAUCUCUGGUCCAUCUUCAACUUCGUAUACCUCAACUUCUGCUGCCUCGGCUUCAUCGCCUUGGCCUAUUCCUUGAAAGUCCGGGAUAAGAAACUCCUCAACGACUUAAACGGAGCAGUUGAAGAUGCCAAGACAGCCAGGCUUUUUAACAUCACCAGCUCAGCCCUUGCCACCUUCUGCAUCAUCCUCAUCUUCAUCUUCCUGCGAUAUCCCCUCACUGACUACUAGAGGGAGGCCAACAGCAGCGGUGGCCGCAGCCCAAAUGCCUCUACGCCAGAAGUGUCUGCAGUGGUCUCUUUGGAGCAAGGAUGCAAAAAACCACAAACCCACAACCAGAGAGAAAGGAACCAAACCCACAACCAACACUCCACCCUGAUGGCAAA